GCGAAUCCACUUGUCGCCGACCUCUCUAGACUCUUUCUUACAUUACCUUGCUUGCCUCGAGCUACCUUACCUCUGCAAGGCCGGUUCGGUGUUCCCACGUCAUAUUGAGGAGCUUCAACAUCUCCUUGUGCCAGUCAUUUCUCUGUAUAGUAUCUGUCCCAACACCGCAAACAUGUCAGCAGACGACCAGCAGUUUCUGGACGUCUUGUCCUCGCUGCCCAACCACAUCCGCCGAUACUCGGACGACCUUGCGAAUCUCAUCAACCCGCACGUAGACAAGGCCGCCCAGGCUGUCAGAGAGACUCUUGCGUCCACAGAAUGGCUGCCCGACUCGGUGCGACCGAGUCCUCCCGUUCGCCAUGUUCCGAUCGAGGUAAUUGCUAUGAGCCGUUACGAGACGAUCCACACUUGGGUAAAAGAGCACAAGCUCCUGACUGGUGCCGUCGUUGCCGUCGUGGGAUUCGUCGCCUAUCGUUCAUACAGGAGUAGCAGGUUCUGUAAGAAGACGCGCCGGGCGAAACGGGCGAGGAACGGCGGACGGCUCGAGGUUGUCGUCAUCGCCGGGUCGCCCAGUCUACCCUUGACAAGGUCACUGUCUCUGGACUUUGAGAGGAGAGGCUUCAUCGUUUACAUUGUGUGCAACGCCGAAGAGGACGAGAGCAUGGUGCACAGCUUAUCGAGGCCAGACAUCCUCCCUCUGACCAUUGACACCACGGAUCCUCCCAAAGCCGGCGCAGCCAUCGAUAGCUUCGCCCAGUACCUCCAGUCACCCCACGCUCCGGCCCCUCGGACAAGACCCAAUCACUUGCAGCUGAAAUCCGUCAUCCUCAUCCCCUCGCUCAACUACCAGACGUCACCCAUCGCCACCAUCCCGCCUUCCAGCUUCGCAGACCUCUUCAACACCCACCUCCUCCACCCCAUCCUUACCAUCCAGGCUUUCCUGCCGCUCUUAACGACCCGUCUUAGCCCACCCGGAGAGAAGUGGACACCGCCCAAGGUGCUCGUCUUCACACCGUCCAUCAUCUCCUCCAUCAACCCGCCCUUCCAUGCCCCCGAAGCGACUGUCUCGUCCGCCCUAUCAGCCUUCACCGAGGUCCUGACAGCAGAGCUGCGGCCUCUGGGCAUUCCAGUUACCCAUAUGCAGCUGGGUACUUUCGACUUCACCGGCUUCCAGCCCGCGAAGCACACCCACCCUUCCCAGAGAGGCCUCCUCGAAGGCGGCCCCGGUAUCGACGCCGACGCAACCGAGACCUUGAUGUGGCCCGAGAAUGCCCGCCAUGCCUACGGACGCAACUUUGUCAUGCAGAGCACCUCGGCCAUCUCGGCCGGCCGCAUUCGCGGUCUGAAGGGCAGCUCGCUCCGCCACCUGCAUAACGCUGUCUUUGACGUCAUCGAUGGCUCUAUCACCAGCGGCACCGUCCGUGUCGGUCUCGGCGCCAGUGUCUAUGGCUUUGUCGGUCGUUGGGUACCGCGUGGUCUGGUCUCAUGGAUGAUGGGCAUCCGCCGCGUCGACGAGCUAUCGGCGUGGCAGACCAGUUCCUACAAUGGCUCACUUGACGGCAGUGAGAAUGAGGACGGCCAGGACUUUGUCGCGGUGCCGGACGAGAAGCUGGACAGCAACGUGUGGAAGUCGUCAUAGAGGGCGUCGCUCCGAGCUGAAUAUGACGGGGAUGAGACGGCCAGGCCGUCCUACGAACCGACGGCGUCGUUCAAUGUAACAUUCGGAUUCCUCGUGGCGCUUGCGUGUCUACAACAGGCGGCCAUGACAGCGGCUCUGUAGAUAGCCGGAUGUUGAACGAUGAUUGGGAUGGCGAGCCCGCAGUCGUGCUGACGGCAUGAUGUAGAUGUGCUUCAAAGGGGAAGACGCCACUCUAGCCACUUUUGAAAACGGCAAAAAAAAUACUGCUGGUCAAAGCAGAUGAUUUGAUGACUCUCCACUCGAGGGAAGCGGGAUCACGACUUGCUGAGGAGCAUAGUUACGAUAGUAGCAGUACAGUGCCACAUUGUCGUCGAGCCAAGCGGGUUUGCUUAGCCUCUUCAAUAUGCUGUUCAAAUAUCCCGA